UGUUAUGAACAGACUCAAAGCAGACAUUUACUCUAUGUAGUGAUUGAGUCUAAUUAGCUAAGUAUCUUAAAAUAUAUUUUUUAUUAAUAACUAAAUUAACUAAUUAACUAAUUUCCACAAACUGAACUAAAGGGUUUAUCUCCAGUAUGACUGCUCACUUGUCUCCUCUCCUUGCUUCCUCUCCUCCUGUCAUCCUCUCCUCUUCCACUCUUUCAUCUAGAUGGAUGCUGUGGACCACCAUAAGCAGCACAGGCUGGGGUCCACAGCCCCUGUUCUGUCUCGGCAUCUCAAGGUGGAUUUGCCUAACCCUGACCCUGACCCUUACCCAGAGGAGACUACCACUACCACCAUUAAUAUGGACCUGCACAUUGCCAAGGAGAAUAACAAUGAGGGCCAGACCCCCCCUGAAAAGUCAGAAGAUCAGGAGGAGGGAGAGACGACGGACGAGCCAGACAUACGAGAGGAGGAAACGGACCAGUGCCCUUCAGACCCAGAUGUUCCUAAACUGAAGAGAACUGAGAGUGUCUUUCUUACAAAGGAAAUGCUUGGGAACUCUGACUAUAAAUCAAUGACAAGCAGUGAAAUAAGUGAGGAUGAGUAUGUGCCUAGUUCUACACCAGAAUCAGACGUAUCGGAGGAAGAACUCAAACUGCUCCAGUCUCCAAGAAACUACAGUUCAUUAAAUAACUCGGAUGUUCUACGCUUGAAGAAAGGUCGUGCUAAGCCUGUUAAAUGCAGACAGGGCACAUCUUCCUCUUCCCAAUCCAUGGCAGAUUGUGAGUUGUCAAAAUCCUCCAGUGACAUAGACGUCUUGAGGCUGAAAAAGAAAACCAAUGGUGGUAGAGUAUACAAUAAGAGGCACUACUGUUUGUACUGUUUUAAACCAUAUGCCAAAAUUGCACGGCAUUUGGAUAAUAAACACAGCGACGUGCAGGCGGUAGCACAAGCGUUCAGUUAUCCAAAAGGAUCAGCGGAGAGAAAGCUACAGACAACUCUAAUUCGAAAUAAAGGCAAUCGUCGCCACAACUUCGAGGUCCUGGAGCAGGGUAAAGGGGUGAUGGUUCCCUCUCAGCAAAGCAUUGGACCAGUGAAUGUAAAAGACUAUUUGCACUGCACAUACUGUGAGGCAUUACUCAAAAGGAAGGUGAUGUGGCGGCACAUGAGAAAAUGCAAACUGGCAAAGAAAAGCAUAAAGCCAGGCAGAACUAGAGUGCAGUCACUUUGUGCUGCUGGACAGCCUGUCCCAAAAGAGAUAAAUGACAAAGUCUGGGGCCUAGUAAAUGGCAUGAAUCAAGACAACAUAACGGACAUAAUUCGGCAAGAAAAAUAUAUUCUGAAGUUAGGAGAACACUUCUAUAACAAAAAAGGCACAGACAAAAGCCAACACCAAUACAUCAGACAAAAAAUGCGGGAGAUGGGAAGAUUAGUUCUCCUAGCAAAGACACUUGGCAAGCUGAAAACAAUACAUGACUUCUUUCUGCCAGCAAACUUCUGCCAUGUCGUGAAAGCUGUGAAGGUGGUCUGUGGAUGGAGUGAAGAUACCAGCAGUUUCAAGAUUCCAUCCUUGGCGCUCAAACUAGGCCAUAGUCUAACUAAAAUAUCAGAUAUUGCAGAGUUUGAAGCAAGGAUGUCAGAGAACAAGAAGGCCCUUGAAAAUGCGCUGACGUUCAGGACAUUGAAAGAGAAGAAAUGGGAUGAGUGGGUGUCUUCGCAUGCACUGAGGAACCUCAGAGAGUCGAAAUGGAAUAAACCUCUUCUUAUCCCCUACUGUGAAGAUGUUGUGAGACUGCACAACCAUAUUGACACAGAAAGGCCCAAGUAUCGAUCCAAUCUUGAAACUGCACCAAAUAAGAGGAACUGGUUAAGCCUUGCUAAACUAACGCUUUGUGAAGUAAUCGUCUUCAAUCGUAGGAGAGAGGGAGAAGUUUCAAAGAUGUUCCUGACUGACUUCCUGUUGAGAAACACCUUUGCCAGUAAUCCAGAUCUUGACCUUGCCUUGACUGACGUGGAAAAGAAGCUCUGCAAAUACUUUGAGCGUGUGGAAAUCAAAGGUAAGCGGGACAAAAAGGUCCCUGUCUUACUCAGCCCAGACAUGGUGUCCUCCAUACAGAUGCUGGUGACUUAUCGAGGACGAUGUGCUGUGCCACCUGAGAAUGUGUAUUUGUUUGGUAGACCUGAGGCAGAAAGUCACGUCAGAGGAUCUGAUGCCAUCCGUGCCUUUGCACAUGAAUGCGGGGUGAAGGACCCUCAAACAUUGACAUCGACAAGAUUAAGGAAACAAAUGGCAACAAUGUCACAAGUUCUGAACUUGAAAGACAAUGAGGAGGACUGCCUCGCAGGUUUUAUGGGUCACAACAUCAGGGUCCAUCGACAAUAUUAUCGGCUCCCUGAAGGGACAUUACAAGUUGCCAAAGUUGCAAAGUUGCUUAUGGCCUGUGAGAGAGGCGAGCUAUCACAAUUUAAAGGCAUGACAUUGGACGAGAUCAGCAUUGAUCCAACUGAGGAAGUACCUGAAGACGGCUCUCUAUCUGGAAGUGAAGAUGAAGGUGUGAUGUCGAGUUUAUCCUCCAACUCAUCAGGUCUAAGACCAGUUGAGAGGACAACUACAGAGGAGGACCAGGAGUCUGAAUCACAGCUAACCAGAGGUAGAUCAAGGACCUGGACAAAGGACCAUGAGUCUGCCUCAUCACAUUCGAGAAAAGGUCUAAGACCAGUUGAGAGGACAACUACAGAGGAGGACCAGGAGUCUGAAUCACAGCUAACCAGAGGUAGAUCAAGGACCUGGACAAAGGACCAUGAGUCUGCCUCAUCACAUUCGAGAAAAGGUCUAAGACCAGUUGAGAGGACAACUACAGAGGAGGACCAGGAGUCUGAAUCACAGCUAACCAGAGGUAGAUCAAGGACCUGGACAAAGGACCAUGAGUCUGCCUCAUCACAUUCGAGAAAAGGUCUAAGACCAGUUGAGAGGACAACUACAGAGGAGGACGAGGAGUCUGAAUCACAGCUAACCAGAGGCGAACAAGCUACAGUUAAUAUUUAG